AUUUUUGUUGUUUUCCUUUUACUUUCCCCAUCCAUUCCAUUUCCUCUCCCGCACAGGAGAGCCCUUCUUCAACAAUAGCCAAUCACCUUCUUCUUGUUGCUGCUUACUUCAGCCUUCUCUACCCCUCUUCUUCUUCCUUAGCCAGAAACUUCUAGCCCAAUUGUUAUCUGUUCCACCGUUCUCAUUCCCUGUUAAGAUGGUGAACAAGUGAAGAAGGAGAGACGGUGAGAAUGCCGACCCAAACUCAAAGGGAAAAGAUCACCACCAGCUUUAGGUCUUCUCCUAUGAUGAGUAUGAGUCGAAUCCGAUUAGAUCCAUCGAAAAAGUGGGAGAACCGGAAGCAUAGGGGAGAGAAUGAUGUUGGAAAGAAUGGGGGAAGUUCUCCACCAAGGAUUUUUGUUACAAGAAAUCAGAGGACAUGGACAAGGCGCCACUCUGGUGUUCAAUUGAUUUUUUUUUUUUGGUAAACCAAGUGAAAAGAAGAAAGCUUACGGAAGAGAAUGGCAUCAUCGAGUCAUAUGGUGGUUUGCCACAGGGGAGGGAGAGGUAGGACUACUGCAGUGCACUGUUCCUGCUCACUGCCACUGCUCACUGCUCACUGCUCAGGCAAUUGCUGGCGGGAUAGAAAUUUAUUUGGUGACCCAAAUCAUCUGGAACCAGCCUUAUAUAGUAAGAAUUGGUUGUUGUUGCUCACUGCUCAAGCAAAGAAGGGUAAAAUCUGUUGCAAAAAGAGGAGUAGAUAAGGAGAAAGGGAGUUUGAAUGGAGCGAAAAUGGUAGAAAAGAGGGAAAAUGACAGCGGAGAAACCAAGAAAGGUGAAAGGAUGGAGGGGUAUUCCUUUAAUGGUGCUUAUGUCGAACAUGUCACAUGGAUUGGUUUCCAUUCAUGUGGUGGAAAAAAAUGUUGAUAUAGCAUGCUGUGAUUGGCCAAGGAUACUGCAUCCUCGGGAUAGCAGGAUUUGGUUUUUGUAACCAAAUGAAGUAUGAUAUUGUCUAGCUAAUGAGAAGAUGGAAUCUUUGUUGAUUCUUAUUUACUUUUUGGAAUCCUUUCUUGCAAUUUCUUAUUGUGGCAAUUAAAUUCAAAAUUAAGUG